AUGCUCAACGCCAUCCGCUCACUACUCACACCCGCGGCCUCCCAGCGCCCAGAUCCAUCAGAGUACCAGCCUGUGAUAUCUGGCAACCCCGAAGAACCCAUCGACGGCGAAGAGCUCGAUGACGCUGUUGGCUCCGGUGCGACUAGGGAAGUGGGCGAGUACGAGAGGGUCAAGGUGUAUCUCUGCUUCUGGGUGCUCGGGGCUGGUGUACUCAUCAGCUGGAAUGCUCUGAUAUGCACGUUCCCUCUGCUGAUAUCGUACCUCCCGGCCGACUCUGCCAUGCGAGGCAGUCUAUCGAGUAUACUGUCCACGGUGUACUGCUUUGGAAACCUCUUCUUCUUGGGUCUGGCCCAGCGUCAUGUCAGCACAGCAUCACCGGCGAAACGUCUUCACUCUUCCCUUCUCCUACUCCUCGUAUCGGCAUUGGUCCUCACAUACCCGCUACUACCGAGCCUUCUCCCCCACUUCUCCCCAGCACUCCUCCUUACCUCGCUCAUCAUUAUCUCCCUCGUCCUCUCCCUCGCGACUGCAUACCUCCAAUCAUCCGUCUUUGCCCUCUCGUCUCUGUGGGGCAGCGAACAGACGCUGGGCGUCAUGUCAGGGCAAGGAGGGAUAGCUGUGCUGGUAUCUGGAAUCCAGUUCGUAUUGGCUUUCGUGGGUGCUAUCGGCAAGAAGGAGAAUGGCGUGCCGGGCGGUGAAGAAGCGAGCAAGCUGGCCGGUGUAGGGCUCUGGGCUGCUUGUACCCUGGGCGCCCUUGCUUGCUUUGUAGCGAGCAACUACCUACAGAAGCAGCCGAAAUACACUUCUGUGAUUUCUGGCAAAGCUUCUCGUGCUAGCGGAGAGGACGAGCAUACGAAAGUGAAGGGCUCGACUAUGAAGAUUCUCAGUCAGAACUGGGAGGUGAAUGUUGCCGUGGCCUGGGUCUUUAUCGUCACUCUGUCUGUGUUCCCUCCCAUCACAACGCGCAUCUUAUCGACCCAUGUCCCAACCCCGCGUCUGCUCCAACCAGACGUAUUCAUCCCUCUGCAUUUCGUCCUCUUCAACAUCGGCGACUAUAUCGGCCGAACAUACCUCCCCGCCAUUCCCUCUCUGCUCUUGACUUCUCCGAAGCGUAUUCUCACUCUAUCGCUGGGUAGGACACUAUUCAUCCCGGUCUUCUUCGCUUGCAAUGUCACUCCGAGGAGCAUCGGUAACACGCCCUUUAUCAACUCUGACUUUCUCUACCUCGCCAUCAUUCUGGCAUUUGCCAUCACCAACGGCUACAUGAGCUCAUUAUGCAUGAUCGUCGCCUCCUCCCCGUCUUUGAAUCCGCGUAUCAAGGAUGAGGAGCGCGAUUUGGCUGCGAGCUUGGCGAGUUUCUGUUUGGUAGCGGGUUUGGCGGGCGGAAGUAUGGCUAGCUUUGGCGUUAGCUGGGCUGUGGGUGGGCAGUAG